UGCCGCUCCUCGCCGCCGCCGCCGUCUCCCUCCCGCCCCGCGGCCCGGCGGCUGCCGGACCCCGCCCGGCGGCGGCACCAUGAAGGUGGAAGCGGGGGACAACUCCAUGAUCAACCUGUCGGUGCAGCAAGUGCUGAGCCUGUGGGCUCACGGCACCGUCCUCCGCAGCCUCACGGAGAUGUGGUACUGGGUUUUCCUCUGGGCUCUCUUCUCCUCUCUCUUUGUCCAUGGUGCUGUGGGAGUAUUAAUGUUUGUGAUGCUGCAGAGGCAUAGGCAGGGGAGGCUGAUAUCUGUCAUUGUGGUCAGCAUUGGAUUUCUGGGUUCUGUAACUGGAGCAAUGAUAACCAGUGCUGCAGUAGCUGGAAUCUACAGAGUAGCAGGAAAGAAUAUGGCUCCCCUAGAAGCUCUUGUCUUUGGCGUUGGACAGACAGUACUGACUUUAAUUAUCUCAUUUUCAAGAAUUCUUGCAACGCUUUGAAACUCAUGUAGAAAGGGGGGAGAAAAACAUCUUUAAUCUGAAGAGAAGCUUCCUGACAGUGGAUUCAUCAGCUUAUGAACUCGAAUUCUGUUGCAAGAGGAAGGAAGCUAUGUGGAAAGUGCACUACAAAUCUCGAGGCUCAGUCAAAUGAGCAGGCUGUCCUCUAGUGUUGGAACUGCUGCACUCCUGCACUGCGCCUUAACGUGCCUCCAUCACGGGCCAGGGGGGAUCCCUGUGUGAUCCAAGCAGAGAUGGAGCACCUCGAGCAGCUGCCAGGCAGGUCCCUGCUUGGUGGUGGCAUCACUGUCCUUAACACCUUGGAAUGGAACAGAGGGACCGUCCUGAAAGUUGCUCCGUGUGCCAAACUUGGGGUUUAAUUCUGAGCGGGUGGCUGGGUAAGCUCUGGAAUGUAGAAGAAUUCUGUGAAUGUGCACAAUUCUCCUUGAAUCCAGGUGAAAUAGCAAGAUAACUGACUUUUGUGUGUUAGAAGAAUCUCUCUGAAUGCUGAAUAUUCUUGUUCAGCAUUCAAAACAACUGUUAGAUCUGUUUCAAAAUGUAGAUUAAUUUUGAUGGGGUUUAAGAACCACAGCUUUAACAACCCUGAUAUAAUUAGCACUGUGUGAAGAAUGGCUCGUGGCAGUUUUGUUCCUUGGCACAUUUCUUUGUGAGGUUAGCCUGUCAGAAAUCAGGAGUUCAAGGUGACUAUAUGAAGGUUAUUAAGUACAAGCUGUUGUGUAUGCACAAACAAAUCUUAAGCUGAUAUUUUCCUUGAAAUUACUUUGUCUUAAGCAUACACAUGGCUACCAGCCCUUCUGCAAACCUCAGAAAAAGGGUAUUCAUUGCAAAUACACUCCCUAUAUUUAAUUAAGCACUGGUAGGACCCUUACCCCUACAUGUAUUCUGUAAGGAAAACAUAAAUACAGCAAACUCUCAGAGGAAACUUAUGAGGAAAAUGGAAAGGGUUAACAAUAUGAUAUCUUGGUUUUCUACUGAACAAAAAUAUUAAGUGUAAUAAAAUAGUUACCGUACUCCAAAAAUUUGUAAGUGGGGCAGCACUAAUGUAUUUACUACCUUGUUUCUGAACACUUUGUAUCUUUGGAAAGUUCAAGAUACCUGGAACUUUCAAAUACUUAGCUUUUAGUGGUUUGUGCUUUUCUAGUUUAAAAGGGACUGAGUGGUGUUGUGCAUGUGAAAUGUCAUAAAUGUGAGUGUUUGGAGUAAAGAGAAAUUUUAAGUCUAAUGACUAAUUAUUUAUGAAAUACAAAAUUUAAAGGGCAUAAAGUUCUGUGAAAAAUGAGGAAUCUUUUACAUCUUUUUUCAGCUUAAUGCUUUUCAGCAGUUGUCUCUUAAUGAUGACGGGGAAUAAAUCACUCAAAAGUUUUGCUGUUAUGAUGUCAAAAAGACUUUCAGGACUGUCACAAACACUGGUAUCUACUGCACACCUAAAAGAAUAUGUUUAAAAUAUAACUUGCAAUCCAGUCAUUGCUUAGUACUUUAAAAUAUAAUGAACUAACAUGUCUGCCUUUAUGUUAUUCCACAUUUCUUUAAAGUACUAGGAAUGCUAAUAGUAUUUGUUUUCUUUAAAAGAAUCAAAGUCUUGUUUGGAAAACAUACAAGGUUAUGGGCUUUGUAGGGAACAAGUUAAAGUAUAGUUUUAUAAAUAUUUUCAGUGUUAUUUUUACUUUUAAUUGCUUCAAAAAUGUGGCUGAAGACAUAUACUGUCACUGGUUUUGAAUGUCUUCAAAAACUUUCCUGUGGUUUGCUUUUUUGUCUUUUGUCUUUUACUUUUUUGCUCAUAAUUUUUGGCACAUGACCAUUGCACUUUAAUAUACAAUGAAAUUAUGACAUCUGUAACAAGCAAUUGAAACUUCCCCCAUUGUCUUAAAUUGUGAGAAAACUGGUUUCAAGUAUUAAGUCAAAUUGAAUAAUAAAGUGAUUGAAGAUA